AUGUGUGAAUCUGGAUCAUAUUGUUUCACAACGUGGAUUGUGGCUCACGGAGCCAUUAAGGAGCAGGGAUGCAAAACGACCCGUACCGAUCUGACGGAUCGACAAUGCCAAACGAAUCGAAAAGGACUGGUUACGUGUGUCUGCAGUUCUGAAAAAUGCAACGACGCCUCGUUUUCCAUCCCAUCAGAUAUAGCUCUAACUGCUCCACCAGUCAUCAAAUGCUAUAGUUACAGUAUGAAAGACGACGAUUUCUGUUUCGGUCAUUACUGUACCUAUAAAGCACAAACGAUUAUGAACGAUUUUGGCGACGUUUUUAAGUCAUCCUAUGAGAUACAACGGGGAUGUUCGGAUGCAGUUUACGCCGAUGAUACAGACUCCGCGAAUGUUUGUUAUGCAAUAGAUGACAGUAUCAUUUGCCAGUGUAAUUCAGAAUUCUGCAAUCGUGACCAAUCAUUGCAAGUCCCUCUGGGAAAUCUGUUGUGUUAUUUUGGACAUGCCACGAAUCCUAAUCCUGAUGCGUUGAACUAUUGUAGGGGUCACUUAUGUUAUAUGACGGCUCCAGAUUAUAAGGGAAAAAUAACAAGAGGAUGCUUUAGUGUUUCUGAUGGAGCACCUGCUGAUUUAAAACUUCCCGGAGCAUCCAGAUAUUUCAAAAUCUGUAAUGAAGACUUAUGUAAUGGGGACUAUUCUGAAAAUGCGGUGACGCCGAUUUCAAACAGUGUGGAAGGUUCUGGAACGCCUGAAAGUGGAUGA